AUGGCUGCUCUGCCAGGGUUCCGGGUCCGAAAAGCUCACCCGUUUUCAAUAGUCGGCAUAGAUUACGCAGGUCUCUUGCAAAUGAAGGAACUCAGCCUGCGAAAGGCGCGCAUCGUAAAGGUUUACAUUGCUGUUUUUGUUUGCAUGACCACCAAAGCGGUGCACCUACAACCAGUGUCUGCCCUCUCGACUGAAGCCUUCUUGUUAACCCUGGAUAGAUUCGUAGCUCGCCGUGGCCUACCGUCGUCCAUCUAUUCGGAUUGUGGCACCAAUUUUGUUGGUGCAUUGAGGCAGCUGCGUCUAUUGGUCAAUAGUCCUGAUAGUAGAGAUCAGUUGUCAGGUCAUAUUGCGUGUGAAUGGCAUUUCAACCCUCCUGGUGCUCCCCAUUUCGGAGGAAUUUGGGAAGCCGCCGUUAAGUCGGCGAAGUCAUUGCCUGUUCAUGCAAUGGAUUCCCAAAUUUGGACCUUGGAAGAGUUCACAACGGUGUUGUGUAGGGUAGAGGCUGCCUUGAAUUUGCGUCCCCUAGUACCAGCAUCAUCUGACCCAAAUGAUUUGGAAUGUUUAACACCCGGUCAUUUUUUGAUUGGUCGCCCUCUGUUGUCAAUCCCAGAACCUAUUAGUACCAGUGCGCAAGUGAGUCUGCAGACUCGCUGGAAGCUCCUCCAGCAGUCUUUCCAGUUCUUUUGGCGACGUUGGUCUCGGGAGUAUUUGAACACCCUCCAAGCUCGUGGUAGGUGGACGAAGACUGAUACCAAUCUCGUAGUUGGUACCAUGGUUAUCGUCAAGGUUAAUGAUGCGCCUCCGCUAUCGUGGCCAUUAGGAAGAAUCAUUGAGGUGUAUCCAGGAACCGAUAAGGUGACUGUUAAUAAUGUUGUCCCUUUGUUAAAACCCGAUCAUUGCUCUGGUCUGCUCAACUGCUCCGUUCGACCUGCUCAUUCAACUGCUCCGUUCGACCUGCUCAUUCAACUGUUCCGUUCGACCUGCUCAACUGUUCCGUUCAAGUGGUCACUUGUUCUGCCGCCUAUAUCAUGGUUGAUCGAAGUCUCUGUUGCAAGUUCGCUCGAACUGGCAAGGGGGAGUAUGUUUGAUCCGUUUGACAACAAGCUGCCGCCAUCCGUGGCCACGCUGUGUUGA